GUUAUCGCCCGACCUGACGCACGCGUGCUGAUCCUGGAGGGGGAGAGGGGAAAGCUUUUCCCGCACACAGCUCCGGGUCCCGGCACCCGGGACGAAAUGCCCGGCCAGGGUCCGGUGUCCGCCUGGACGGACUGCUGCUCUUCCGCAGAGCCGCCUGCAGCGGCCAGGACCGAGAGUGGCGACGGCGGAUCAGCUGGACAUUCUUAUUACCAGAAUUCCAAAGAUGGAAUCAAGGAUGGACCCACAACGAAUUCCCACAUAGUCAAGCUACAAGACUUAUGGAAAACACCUCAGAUUCAAACAGUUCACAUUCCUAAAUCAAUUACAGAUGUGUCCUUUCUAAAGCAUCCAGACCUCACCAUAGGCCAGAAGCACUAUCUGUGCAGCAUCUCGAAGAUCUGUAAUGUGAACUGUCUGAGGGUGUUAAUGAAGAGGCAGUACAUGCAUAUGAUCCAGCACAACUCUCAAAAGCCAGGUGUCCUCACUCAUCACAGGAGCCGCCUCAGUUCCCGUCACUCCCAGAGGCAUUAUUACCCCUGCACGACAUGGCGACACCAGCUGGAGAGAGAGGACUCAGGGCCCUCCGACACUGCAGCUGCAGCUGCACCUGCACCAGAAAUAAUCACACAGCAUUCCCUUUGGCGACCAGGGAGAAACAAAGGAGGACUAAAAACUGGAUCUAUGUCUAAAACAAGAUAUAAGUCUCUGAAGAUUUUUAGAAAACCAGGAAGACUAUUAGUGCAAUCAGUUUCUACAAAUGAUUUUGAAUCAUACAUGAAUGAAGAAAAAAAGGAAGAUUUACUAAGUAAGUGUAUGCAAUCAAUGUCAAUUGAAGAACAGGGAGAACAUCUGAUGUUAACUUGAUGAUCUUGUCUUGUGUAUUGAUGAUAUGCCAAAGGUAGAGGUAGAGGUUGUGAAUUGUGCCCUCUCUCUACAUUUAGGAUAAUAUUGCUAUACACCAUUAAGUCAUUAAGUAAUUUUGGUUUGUUCAGACACUUUUACAACAAUGUAAUUGGUUUGAUGUAGUUCCAAUGAUAUUUGUGUAAUAAAGUCUGUGUAAUAUAUGCUUUUAUUUCUAACCUGAUACAAUUAAAAUU